AUUAUUAAAUAAAAAUGAAAACAGAAUAAAACAAAAGGGCGUUCUGUUGUAAACCGCCUGUUUUGUUUGAGGCAAAACAUUAACAAUGCAGGAGGAGUCGGUUUCCAUCAAAUCUUCGUUAUUGUUGUGUUUUUUUUUUUUUAAACCUAAAAUUUCUGGGUUUUCCCCGUCCUUUAGUUUUUGAUAAAAAAUUUCACGUGGAGUCCAUUUUUAUGAAUCGAAUUGGAAAUCUGAUUUCUUGUUUUUAGCCAUGCGUUGGCUUCAGAGUCUUUCUUUUUCUUCUUCUUCAUCGUCAUCUUCAUCUUCGUCUUCUUCAUCAACCUGUACGGGGAAAAAUUGUAAAGAGAAUCAUAAUAAUAAAAACCAUAAGCAAUGUUACAGUUUUGGGUUUCGCCUGGGGGUAUCUAAGCUGACGAGGCCAAGGGAGCUGAGGCGUGUAAAAGAUCAGGAGGUUGCUCCCACGAAGGAAGUGACGGCGCCGCUGCUCUCCGCCGGUUACCAUACUCCAUUGUCCUCGCCGACUUCGUCUUUUAGGGGAACAACGCCUGCUUUGCCGGUGCCAUUGCCGCUCCCGCUUCCCGUUCCGGAAGGAGACAGCGAGCAACGGUUGUCGCCGAAAGAAUUUGGGCUUGGUAAAGGUUUAGAGGAUAGAGAUAAAGAAAAAGCAGAUGGAGCUCCUCCCAAUUUAAGUGUGUUUGCUUGUCGUGGCUCAUGGAAAACAACGGAUCAUGCAAAAACAAGAUCUAUGAAAGCAUUAAGUCAAGAAAUGAUUAUGGAGGACAGCUUCGAGGAUGAGUUUAGGGCGAAUGUUCCAAUUAGGAGUGCCCCUGCGAGUCCGUCAAGCAGUCAUGCUAUAAUUUGCCCACAGAGCAAGAAUGCAGGGGACAUAUUUCCACACCACAUGUUUUCUCCAAGUUAUCAUGCUUGGUCUGCACCAGAGAUGUCAACAUUAGGCACUCCAGUGGUUCCUCCCUUAGCAUUCUAUGAUUACGGUGGAUUUAGCUCUGAUAAUACUCCAUUUCACAGUCCACCAAAUAGAAGUCCUCAUCGAAGGCAAAGUAGCCAUAGUGGACCUACUUCACCAAUACAACAAUGGGUUUCACCUGACAUCUCACCAUCCCGACUUGAAAGCAACGGCCAUAUCAAUGUCCAUCCAUUACCCCUUCCUCCUGGAGCGGCCAUAGCUUGUACAUCAGCUUCAAUUACCCAAGUUACAACUAAUCCAGACCCAUUGCCGAUGAAUUGUCAAUGGCUAAAAGGCAAGCUUAUCGGGCGUGGUACAUUUGGAAGUGUUUAUGUUGCCAGUAACAGAGAAACUGGAGCUUUAUGUGCAAUGAAGGAAGUUGAGAUAUGUCCGGAUGACCCAAAAUCUGCAGAGUGUAUAAAGCAAUUAGAGCAGGAGAUUAAGGUUCUUAGCCACCUCAAGCAUCCAAACAUAGUUCAGUAUUAUGGUAGUGAAAUAGCUGAAGACAAGUUCUAUAUAUAUUUGGAGUAUGUUCAUCCUGGUUCAAUUAAUAAAUAUGUUCGUGAUCACUACGGUGCCAUAACUGAAUCUGUUAUUCGCAAUUUUACUCGCCAUAUUCUUUCCGGGUUGGCUUACCUGCACAGCACAAAGACGAUCCACAGGGAUAUUAAAGGUGCUAAUUUGCUUGUUGAUGCUUCGGGAGUUGUCAAGCUUGCUGACUUUGGGAUGUCCAAACAUCUUAGUGGACAAAGAGCUGAUCUAUCUUUGAAGGGAAGCCCAUAUUGGAUGGCUCCAGAGCUCUUGCAAGCCGUGAUGCAGAAAGAUAAUCGUUCUGAACUUGCUCUAGCUGUUGAUAUUUGGAGUUUGGGUUGUACAAUUAUUGAAAUGUACACCGGUAAAGCACCAUGGAGUGAAUAUGAAGGGGCUGCAGCUAUGUUUAAAGUGCUGAGGGAUACUCCUCCAACACCUGAAACAUUAUCACCCGAGGGGAAGGAUUUCCUGCGCUGCUGCUUCCAAAGAAAUCCAGCAGACAGACCAUCUGCGAGCAUGUUACUAGAGCACCGGUUUAUAAAAUGCCCCAACAGUCGGGUGUCUCAUCAUCUAACGGAUAACGUCCAUGGUAGAUAAGAAUACUUCCCCUUCCGCUGUUGCUGACAUCUAGUAGUUUAUUUACUAAUCGGUUUAACAAGAGACCGAUUUGAACUUAAAUUGGAUAAAUUGCCAGUUCAGCAAAGCCUGCGAAGUAAAAAAAUUGCUACUCCUGACAGUCCAGCUUCUCGCAUUAAUCUCUUUUCUCCGGUGAAACUGCUCGAUGAGAAUUACAAGAGUUCCGACUUAAAACAGUGUCUGCAUUUUACCCUCCUCGUUCUACCUUUGAGGCUCUUCCUAGUUCGUUGCUUUCAUGCUGGGGUCAAGAUAACUCAUCAUCCAUGUCCUACUGUUUACCAUUAACAUAUCUUUCAAGCCGGAGUCUAAGGAGAAGCAUAUUCUCGGAUAACAAGGAAGAGAGGAAGAAGCAGUGUAAAAACAAAUUCAAGGAUUCUGCUGGUAAGGCAGCUUCAAGCAUUGGCAUGGAGAGCUGAACCAAAGACACGCUACUUGAUUUCUGUCUCAUCAAUGACUGGUUGAACUUCCUGAGCUAGACGCAUAGCUAGAACAUGAUGUAUAAAGCAUAAAACAGGGUUUUGUAUACUAUUGACAAUUUGUAAGAGCUUGCUUUUGAGUUCAUGCAUGUCUUACAGAAGAUGACAUUCUCAACUCCAUUAGUUGAAUGAAUUAGUAGAUUUUAAGUUAAAA